CGGCAGCUAUUCGGCGAGGGAGGGCGGAAGUGUUUUGCCAUCCACACGUGUUUCCAGUUGGUUGUUUUGUUGUUGUGUGUGUGGGUUGUUGUUUUUUUUUUUGGUCAUCCUGACGACGCAGAACGGAGGAGGGAGACUCGCCCCGGCGGCUCGGAAGCGCGACCCGGCGGUCUCGGAGAGAUGACUGCGCAGGAGGUGCGGCUGUGUGGCCUCCUCCUCCAGGAGCACUUUGGGGACGUGGUGGAGAAGGUUGGAAAGCACCUGCUUAGUAGCGGAGAACAGAAUCUGCGAACCGUCGCUCGUGAGACCGGCACACCUAUGGACCUGGUUAAAAAGUCUCUGUGUGUGCUGAUGCAGCAUGGGGCCUGUUUGUUCACCUCAGGACGCAAGGGGCCCGGCAGCCCAGUGGAGUACCAGGCCAGCUGUGAGCGGAUUCUAAAUAUUCUCCGCUACCCACGCUACAUCUACACAGCCAAAACCCUCUACGGUGACACGGGCGAAUUGAUCAUAGAGGAAUUACUACAGAGAGGUCACAUGACCAUGAGCAGCACUGUGAAGACAGUCGCUGAUCGUCUCACACAGAAUAUGGAAGAUGGACAUAGCAUGGAGUAUAGUGAGGUGAUUUCUGCAUUCUCUAAACUGGUAGAAACUCAUUUUCUGCAGCGCUGCCCUCCAGUGGCAGUGGUAGGAGCAAAAACCAGCACGGCCCCAGUUCUAGCUCCACCUCCACCUCCAAUCACCCCUGCUGCCACAGCUGCCCCUGCCAGCACUGCCCCAGCCACGCCAGAGAGCUUCAAAGACUGCUACAAAGUGCCUCAUGUCCAGCUUUUUGGUCGUGGUAAACGCUGUCAUUCCAGCGAGGACGGAGAGGACCAAGGAACCUCAAAGAGGGCCAAACUUGAUCCACAGACACAUGGAGAUGAGGGGAUCUACUGGCAGGUGAACUUUGAGAGGUUCCAUCUUCACUUCCGAGACCAGGCCAUCAUCAAUGCUGUGGCCAGCAAGCUGGACCAGACAAGCAGCGAGAUAGUGCGGACCAUGCUGAGGAUGAGUGAGGUGACGACUCCGCCCUCCGCCGCCUGCACGCAGGCGCUCUCGGCUAAUGAGAUCUUCAGGUCCCUCCCACCCAACUACAGCAUCAGCCGGCCUAUCUUAGACCAGUACCUCACACUUCUGGUGGAUGACCCGAUGGAGUUUGUGGGGAAGUCGGGUGAUAGUGGAGGAGGGAUGUACGUUGUCAAUUUGAACAGAGCGCUGACCAAUUUGGCAAGAGCUACGCUAGAGUCUGUGGUACAGGAGCGAUUUGGCUCCAGGUCUGCGCGCAUCUUUCGUCUUUUGCUCAGGAAACGUCACCUGGAGCAGAAGCAGGUGGAGGACUUCGCCAUGAUCCCCGCUAAAGAGGCUAAAGACAUGCUCUAUACACUGCUUUCCGAGAACCUGGUCCAGCUACAGGAAAUUCCGAAGACCCCUGACCACGCUCCCUCUCGUACCUUUUACCUUUACACCGUCAACCAGCUCCCCACCGCCAGAAUGCUGCUGCAGAAUUGCUACAAGACGGUGGCCAACCUCAUAGAGAGACGCCUAUUUGAGACCAAAGAGAGCAAGCGCCUGCUGGAGAAAUCGCAGCGAAUCGAGGCGAUCCUGGCGUCUUUGCAGGCCAGUGGGGCGGAGCCUGAACAGCUGAGUGAGGUGGAGGAAAUGAUCACCGCCCCCGAGAGGCAGCAGCUGGAGUCCCUACGGCAUCACAUCAACAAGUUAGAUUCGGCAGAGAAUCAGGUGGACGAGACCAUCUUCCUCCUGGAAUCUUACAUCAGCUCCACUUCUAAAGCCAUACGCUGAGUCAGCUAAGACGCCGGCACGCGUCACAGCCAGAGAGCUCCUCAGGACUACACCUUCCUCCUUCAGUUCAUGUAAACGUGUGGUCACAAGUGUAACUGCUUCAUAGUUUCCUCGUUUGCAAUGCAAAAGUUUUGCAACUUAAAAAGCUUGGUUUUAUAAUGGAAUAUAUUACUCUGUUCUGCAAUAUGCAGUGUAAAAUUGCAUAGUUUCAUUACACAAAUUAAGAGUUACCACAAAUAUAUGUUUCACCAGUUUUAAUUUCAACAACAAAACAAACUGUAGGACACACAUGGGACAAAGUGGUUGAAAUGUUAAAACUGUGUUGUCUGAAUAUUAAAUAGAAAAACUGUAGUUUGA